UCACUCACACACACACACACACAAAGACACACAGACACACACAUAUUCAACACAUCUUUUUCCAAUAACCAGCUGCUGCCCUCUCCCCACCCUCUUUCCCCUUGCCUUUUCAUCUCCCUGCCUUCUCUCCUCCUCUCUCCCUGCCCAGCGUGGCUCUGGCACAUACACUAGGUGGCUUCUUUCUGGAUGCUUGAGCCAGACAACUCCCGAGGCACACAACGCACCACACCACACACAGCAUACACGCUGCCUGCCUGCCUGCCUGCCUGCUGCUUCCUUGGAACCAGGAGAGGCUGCUGGUACUUUGAACUCCUGCCCAUCAAAGCUGCAGGCAGCUGUUCUUGAGCAUUGGUUCCUGCUCUCUCUUUCUCUCUCUCUUUCUCUCGCUCCUUCUCACUCUCAAGUGCCAGCCGAAGAAGCCACUCUGGUGCAAGUUGAGAACCAGAGACCAGGAAGAAGCAGAAGAAUGAGUUCUUGUACCAAGGAAGACAGGACUUGUUGAAGGGAUCUGUCCUGUCCCCAGUAGGUUCCUGCCCUCCCUUCUUCCGAACCAUGGAGGGCAGCUGGACCGGCCGUGGGGUGGAGUCCCCCUUCUUCUUCCUGGAGCGAACCACAUUCCACGGACUCCGCCACGUCUUCUCGGCGCAGCGGUCGUGCCCCCACCGGGCCUUCUGGCUGGCAGCUUUCCUGGCCUCGCUGGGCUUGCUCUUCACCUGGUCCUCCAACCGCAUCCACUACCUGCUCUCCUGGCCCAUCCACACCAAGGUGCACAUCCGCUACGCCCGCAACCUCACCUUCCCGGCCGUCACCUUCUGCAACAACAACCUGCUUCUGGCACACCGCAUGAGCCGAGCUGACCUCCACUUGGGGGGCUACUGGCUGGGGCUCCUCCAGAAGAACCUCCAGCCGGUGCCUGCCAUCCGGGCCCUCCUGCAAGACCCCAGGUGGCUCUGGCUGGGGAGUCUGCUCAACUUCUCACACUACUUGCCCCCUUCACCGCCGCAGGACCAGUCCACCCGACAACUGCUGGACAGGCUGGGCCACCAGCUUGAGGAGAUGCUGCUCUCCUGCCGCUUUCAGGGCGAGCGCUGUGGCCCCCACAACUUCACCACUGUGUUCACACGCUACGGAAAAUGCUACACAUUCAACUCAGGUCAGUCUGACAAGCCGCCACUCAUCACCAUGAAAGGAGGAACAGGGAAUGGUUUGGAAAUGAUGCUGGACAUUCAGCAGGAUGAAUAUCUUCCUGUCUGGGGAGAGACAGACGAGACCUCGUUUGAAGCAGGGAUUAAAGUGCAGAUCCACAGCCAGGACGAACCGCCCUUCAUUGACCAGCUGGGAUUUGGCGUAGCGCCUGGUUUCCAGACGUUUGUGUCCUGCCAGGAGCAACGGCUUCUCUACCUUCCUCCACCCUGGGGUCAAUGCAAGUCAGUGACAAUGGAGUCAGAAUUCUACGAUACCUACAGCAUCACAGCUUGCCGCAUAGAUUGUGAGACUCGCUACUUGGUGGAGAACUGCAACUGUCGCAUGGUGCACAUGCCUGGUGAUGCUCCUUAUUGCACCCCUGAGCAGUACAAGGAAUGUGCGGAUCCUGCCCUUGACUUUUUGGUGGAGAGAGAUAGUGAGUUCUGUGUGUGUGAGAUGCCUUGCAAUGUCACUCGGUAUGGAAAGGAGCUGUCCAUGGUCAAAAUCCCCAGCAAGGCAUCCGCCAAAUACUUGGCCAAGAAGUACAACAAGAGCGAGCAGUAUAUUGGGGAGAACAUCCUUGUAUUGGACAUUUUCUUUGAAGCAUUGAACUAUGAGACCAUCGAGCAGAAGAAAGCUUAUGAAGUGGCUGGACUUCUGGGUGACAUUGGGGGACAGAUGGGACUCUUCAUUGGAGCUAGUAUAUUAACUGUACUUGAGCUAUUUGACUACGCUUAUGAGGUGAUUAAAUUUCGCCUCUGUCGCCGUGCCAAGUGCCAGAAGAAACACAAAGGAAACAACAGCGACAAGGGUGUAGCUCUAAGCCUGGAUGAUGUGAAGCGCCACAAUCCAUGCGAGAAUAUCCGAGGCCACCCAGCAGGCAUGACGUACACAGCCAACAUCCUACCUCACCACCCAGCCCGGGGAACCUUCGAGGACUUUACCUGCUAACUGACGACUGGAUGUACCACUAACACUACCAAAGGGAAGGGCCCAUGCUGAGCAGCCCUGGCCCAGCCCAGCCCAUGAACCUGCCAACUGACUUACCAGGGCCUCUAGCUCAGACUCCAGGGGGAGGCCACUCCCUCCUCAUCCACCCGCCCCAGGCCAAGGCAGUGAUACGCACACACACAUGGAGCAAGCGCUGGACCAGGAACGGGGAAUGGGGGAGGGGGAGGGUCUGUGCUGCCAGGCUGGUUCCAGUUUCCGCUCUUGUCCCAGUGAUGCUCCCUGGACUUUUAACUCAACAGAAGAGCUGCCAGGAGAACUUUCCACCAUGUCAGGUGGAGGCCAGAGUGCACCUGCUCCAGUCCUCAGACACAGAGAAGUCUUGACUGUUUCUUUGCUCCUCCUCCUGUCUCCAUCCGGCUCCUUUGCCCACAGCAAGCCUUGUGUGAGGGCAGCCAUCUUGUGCAAAGGCCUCGCUCUUUUAAUCUUAAUGCCAAGAAGAACCUUAAGGAGUACCAGCCAGGCUGUUCCCCAUGCUGUUCCAUUUGUAAAGGUCAAUUAGGUGCUGCAUCAGUUUCUUUCCCGGCUCCCAACCUUGUUGUAUUUUGGGGGCCACUUCCAAGGUUUUCCCUGUAGCAAGACUGUGACUGAACUGUGAAGGCCACUUAAAUAGGACAGGUCAUCAUCUCAUGGUUUCAUCCAGGUAACAGGUUCUCAUUUGGUCCCAUGGACUUUGCUCUGACUCCAAACCUUGUCUUGCUUCCCUCACCACACAUACCAUCCCCUACCCCCAACAAGAGCGAAACAAGUGGGUGAUGACGGAUGAGUUGUUCCAAAAUUUAAAGCACUUCCAUUGUCUGUGCAUGUUCUUAGCAGUUACAUGAAAAUACCUGAGUAUUAAGGUUAAGAGAAAAGUUUGCCAUUUUUUUUUCAGAAUCCUCAACUGGAUAUAACACUGGCUUAUUUCAAAACAGGAUUUACUUCAGGGUUCUGCAACUGCUGGAAAAAAGGAAAAAGAAACCUGCUGUGUUUCACCUUGAAUUUUGUCUUCAUCUCUCACAACAGCGUGGCAACAUUUAGUCCAAUCCUCCAGACAGAAUGCCCCGCCAUUCCUUUGGCAGUGCAGAAGUAUAGGGGUGACCCAUAUGUUUAUGUCUGCUGGCCUCUGUGCCAAAGGCUUGAAAGUACAGAGAAAGCGACAGGCAAGUCAAAAUGCUGAGAAUUGUGCUUCAGAGUAAUGCAGACAAUGCGUUCCCCUGGCAGGCACAGCCCAUGCCACCUUUCAGGGAUCAGUUUGCUGGAGAUGAUUAGGGAGGGGUGUGCGAUUAGCAAAGCAAAGAGGGCCUCUAGGGCAAAUGCAAUGGGAAUUAGUGUACAAUGUUUCACUUUUGUGCAUCAUCAACAAGAGACCAAAAUUAAAGAGCAGCUCAGGGAAGUGUCUGUCUCGGAUGUCUUCAUCAGAAAGGCCUGCUGAUUUCACAACUCAAAAAAAAAAUUCCGAAGUCCUGUUUUGCAGCAUCCACUUUCCAACCUGUCUGCAACACGGGGAGAUGACCAAAGUGGCUGUGGAGCUCCUAGUAACUCUGUUAAUAGUCAAGCAUGACUACUGGGGGGGGGCAGAGGGGCAGGGUGCUUCCUUUGGAAGGGAGCUUUCCUAAGCUGGGAGCUGAAAGUGUUGAAUGAAGCCAUGUAUUGGAGAGGGUGAACUUCCUUUCGUAAUACUUCUUUCUUGCUCUGCUAUCUUGCAUCUUAUUCCCUGGGCCCAAACAAAGCAAGACAGAGAAGAUGAUUGUUAUGACAAAUGGAGGAAGUGAACUCUCCCAGCAAAGAACAAAUUUCUGCUUUUAACUCUUACCCUUAGAUAAACAAUGUUUAAAGCCACUCCAAAAAAAGAGUACAGACAUAUUCUGUGGGGAGUCCAACCAUACAGCCUAAUGAAGGGCGUAAUGCCAUCACUGGUGAGAGUUUUGCGCAUGUUUCCCUCAAAAUUUUGCAUUCAGGUACAACUUGAUGAGGUUGGGGUCAGAGUUGUCUCCUUCCCACCCUACUGCUUUGGUCUGGCGGUGAUGUGUUCCCCUGCUCAAUAUUUGGUGGCUCCACUAGGGUUGGCUCAUAGGCUGAGCAGCCCAGGGCACUGGGACCACUCAGGUUAUAACAAACACUAGCAGGUUGAAGAGGAGGAAGCAUCAGCCGCCAGCAAGUGAGUCUCUAUUAUGUGGCUCAUUUUGCUGGUGUCGGUUAAUGUCCUGCCAAGUGGCAGGGAUAUGAGACUUUUGCUCCCUCCAUGCCUUAUGAACCUACACGUGUCAGGGGAGGAAGGAACUGUAGACCUUCUUAUUAGAUUAAUGUUAAGGGCUGAAGAAGAAACAGACCCCCCUACAAAAUCCCUACAGCCCCAGAGGAAUCACAGGUCUUGAUGGCACAUAAAGCCUAUGACUAAAACUGUCUCUUGGACUCUCCUUGCUUGAAGGUUUGAAGCCCGUUCGGGCAAGCGCCUUGCCAGGGCACCCCCACACUGGUUGUCUUUAUUUUUUUCAACGUUGAGAAGGCAUCGGCCUCCUUCCAGUUGAGGCCCUACAGCAUCUUGUGCCCACUGUUGUCUUUGCCCCCAUCCAGGCUCUUCACCCAUCAAUAUCCAUACGCCUACCUACGCUGCAUGUGCAGCACCUAAGGCCAAAGUUCUCCCUGUCUUUAAGAGCUUCCGCCGUACAAUCUCAUCAUCUUUAUUUUGAUCCUUAUCAGUCUAGGCUAGUUUGCUGUAAGCAGGGGAGUGGUUGGCAUUUGAUCUCCUGAGGGCAAGAAAGGCCUGUUUCCCCAAAGAGGCUGCAACUCGGCCGUGACACGUUUUCCUGUGGACAUUUGUGGACAGGCUUCUUUGCUCUGAGGAUUUUUUCUUUUAAAUGUACUUUUCAUUUUGUUUCGAUUUGGUGAGUUCUACUUGAAAGCUUUUGAAGAUAGGGCUCAGAUUUGACCUUUCCCCUGCAUCUGUUUGUCCAUUUUUACUACUUCAUGCUCAUUUUGUAUUUCUUAUAUAUAAAAUAUGAUAUAUAUUAUUAUAUAUAUGUACAUAUAUAUAUAUAGAUAUAUACAUACAUACAUCACUAUAUGCUCAAUACCAGUGUAUAUACCCAUCUAGUAGAAUUGAAAGCCUUGAUAUUGUGCCAUUAUUAUUAUUAUUAUUAUUUUUCCAGCUACCACUCUCUGAAUGCCUUCAAGUGUAUAAAGUGUUGAAUUCUCUCUGGUAUCUGUACUAUGUACACAUUUUCAUAGGAAGCACAAGAAGAUGACAAAUGCAUUGUAUAUCAAAACUUGCUCCUCUUAACAAUGAUAUAAAGGAUGAUC